AUGGCAGAAUUCGUCAAACUCUCCAUCUUUGGCACUGUAUUUGAAGUAACAACAAGAUAUGUUGACUUGCAACCUGUGGGUAUGGGUGCUUUUGGCCUUGUGUGCUCUUCCAAGGACCAGUUGACUGGUAUGAAUGUUGCCAUCAAGAAGAUCAUGAAGCCUUUCUCUGCCCCAGUGUUGGCCAAGCGUACUUAUCGUGAACUAAAGCUGUUGAAGGCACUUCGCCAUGAAAAUAUUAUCAGCCUGAGCGAUAUUUUCAUUUCUCCCUUAGAAGAUAUUUAUUUCGUAACCGAAUUGCUAGGCACUGAUUUGCACAGAUUGCUUCAAUCACGUCCACUAGAAAAGCAAUUUAUCCAAUACUUUCUGUAUCAAAUCUUGCGAGGUCUCAAAUACGUUCACUCUGCUGGUGUGAUUCAUCGUGAUCUUAAACCAAGCAACAUCCUUAUCAACGAAAACUGCGACCUCAAGAUUUGCGACUUUGGUCUUGCUCGUAUCCAGGACCCUCAGAUGACAGGUUACGUAUCCACCAGAUAUUAUCGUGCGCCUGAAAUCAUGUUGACCUGGCAAAAGUACGAUGUUGCUGUUGAUAUCUGGAGUGCUGGCUGUAUCUUUGCUGAAAUGUUGGAGGGAAAGCCCUUGUUCCCAGGAAAGGAUCAUGUACACCAAUUCUCCAUCAUCACCGAGCUUUUAGGUACACCCAAUGACGAUUUGGUUGCCACCAUUUGCAGUGAAAAUACACUUCGUUUUGUCAAGAAUCUGCCAAAACGUGAGCCUAUUCCAUUCAGUCAGAGAUUCGCUGGCCAAGACCCUCAAGCCAUCGAUCUAUUGGAAAAGAUGUUGACCUUCGAUCCUCGUCAACGUAUCACAGCUGAAGAAGCAUUAUCACAUCCUUACCUCGCUCCUUAUCACGAUCCCACCGAUGAGCCAAGUGCACCUGAAAAGUUCGAUUGGUCAUUCAACGAAGCCGAUUUACCCAUUGACACAUGGAAGGUGAUGAUGUAUUCCGAGAUUUUAGAUUUCCAUAACGUUGAUAAUGUCGAUGGAUCACAAUUCUUGGGCACUCCUUUGACUGGCCCUACCAUGGGCAAUCCUGAUGGUGCCACUGUUGAUGGCAACAAUGUACCUACUACAUCAAAUAACAAUUUCUCUGCUCAACAAUAA